AUCGAGUCCAAGUACGACGACGACUAUUCACAUUCAAGAUUCCAGUCCGCCACAGUUCAGCAUCGCGCCAUCGCGCUUCUCCUCCCUCCCUAGCGGACAUUCAACUCGAGCUGAUUUGCACCCGCUUUCAACUUUCACACUUCACAUCAACAUGGCAGGGCCCAAUUUGGAACUGUUCAAAUUCGGUUUGUACCUCUUCUUCCCUCUUGCUGUCAUGGUGCACUAUGGAGAUCCUCAGUGGUACGCUGAUCAUGUCAGGCCCAUCCGAGACCAAUUCUGGCCGAGAGCAGAGACGCUUUACAGACCACCGAAAGAGUCGAGCGAGCUUCGAGAAGAGAUCAGAUUGAUGAGGGAGCAACGGGGAUUGCCAGCCAGGACGAGGAGGGAUGGAGCUGCGCAAAGCACAGAGAGCCGGACUGCAGCGUUGCGUGGAUCGCCAUUGGCAGACGUCGUGUUGCGGGAAAGGAGGGGUUUUGCGAAUGAUGCGGGCGUGUUGCAUGCGACGAGGAGAUGGCCGGUGACGGGUGAGGGGAAGAGGUGGGUGUGAUCAAGGGACAAGAAGAGCGCGUGCGUGCUUCUGCACAAGACGUCAACACCGCUGUACGAAUAGGAUGCAUUGCGAGGAU